GUGAUAAAGUGAUAUUAUUAUUAUUGAAUAGACUAGAUAUGAAUAUCUAUAUUCACAAUAUAUCUCGUACAGAAGAGUACAGAUUGGAAUAAGUGACGAUAUGCAGACCGCGGCAGUUUCAACCUCAAUACGAAGUACACACUCGCAUGUUGUUAGUUACUGCAGUUUCAGUAAUCAAGGAUAGUCACUUGAUCCUCUCAUACAUAGUACUCAUAUCAUCCCAUCCUUGCUUGACGGGAUGCGAGGAUAAAGAAGACAAAGAACGACCUUACUUUAUACUUCAUACUAGUCCGUACCCACGGCCACGACUCGGCUCAGGCUUCUUUAUGCCGCGCAGAGAACAUCGCGUAUCGCACGAGUGUCUGGAUGCUGACACAAGGAAUGUGAAUCCUGCUUGAUAUAUAAAGUAGU